AUGGACACUGCGACGAACUCGCAGCCUUAUAUCCCAUCCGCAGACGAUUCCGACGACGAGGUUGCGCAGGUCGUGGCGCCACACCACCAACAACAGUCCCCCCACGCCUCAUCCUCCAGCGAGUCUCUCGAACUGCCACCGAGGAAGAGACUUAGAAUGACAGAGGACUCCUUCAAGAGGAAACGCGCGGACACUCCUCCGUCGAGGGAUCCCGAUUACUACAUGUCGGACGGCAGUUGUAUUAUACUGGUGGAUAAUGUGCUAUUCAAUGUUCACCGAACACUGCUCGCGCGAGACUCGUCCUUCUUCUCGUCGCUCUUUCUUGUACCUUCACCCGGCGACUUGCCACAGGACGGCUCCUCCGAUGACAAGCCUCUCGUAUUGCACAACGACUCUGCACCAGCUUUCCGCAACUUUCUCUGGGUUCUGUAUGCCUUACCACAUGAGAUCGCCAGUGGCGCCGACCUACCACGACUGAUCGACAUAGCACGAACGGCCAACAAGUACGGCUUCAAGAGCGUGGAGACAUGGGCCUUGGACAGCAUCGUUGAUGCACUGGAUCGCAAGCCACCGCCUUCUCAUUCGGCCUUCACUUUCCCCCUGGCCUCAAUCGCCACGCCGAGCUCAGCGACAACUACCUCGCCUCGACUAGAAGCCAGCAAUGCUCAAAUAGUCGAGCUUGUACGCUUAGCACAACUGUGCUCUCACAAACGUCUUCUUGAUAGUAUGAUCAAUAAUCUCCGGCGAGCGAUGCAUCUGGGCGUACAGAACGCAUACCUUGCGCUCAAGCUUGCGGAUGAGCUUGGUCUGCACGCUCUUCAGGGCGAAGCGUAUCUUGAAGUCCUACUUCGACACUUUCCAGACCACAUCGUCGUCCUCUCAGAGGCGCAUCGCGAUUGCGGUCUCGUGUUGGGUGACUUCGAGGACGACGGGUCGGGCGCGAGGCUGUUUGUGAGUCGCACGCAACAGCUUCGUCUACUUGCGGGCCACUAUCGGCUCGUCGCGGCAUGGGAGGUUUUGCGACGCGACCCUCUCAAGAUCGAGCAUGCGCCUGCAUGCGAGCUCAACUGGCAGAAGUCCAGCUGCUCGCAGAGCUGGCUGGAGUUCUGGCGCGACAAGAGUUCGUGCAGUGCUGGCGUACUUUUGUGCGCGCCUGCAGACGUGUUAGGGAGACUCAAGGCGAUGGGGAGGGAGUUCGAGAGACUUGGGACAACGACUAUGAUGCACCCCGAGUGUAGGAACUGUGCGCGGCGAGCAAUCGGGGAAAGGGUCAAGGAUAUCAGCGAGGGGCUUGCGGGGAUGUUCGCAGAGGACUUCGAGUAG